GCCAAGCUCUGGAGAGCUUCACGAGUGAGGCUCAAGCUCAAACAGCAAACCGCAUCCAAAAUAAUUCUUAACCACCCCUUCCCGCACUCACAAUUCGCACCUCUGACACAUCGCCAACCACCCCUGAAAGCCCUCCUUUUCACCAACCCCACAACACCACCCCUCCUCUUACUCUCAACCUCCCAACCCACAACAAAAUGUCAAUCAACAGCUACAUCUCCAAAAAAGUCUGCAUCAUCACCACCGACGGCAGAACCCUGGUCGGCACCCUCGCCGCGUACGACAACACAACCAACCUCGUCCUCCAAAACACCAUCGAGCGUAUCAUCCGCACUCCCGAUGACGCCGAGCCCUCGGCCCAGGUUCCCCUGGGCCUCUACCUCAUCCGCGGCGAGAACGUCUGCACGAUCGGGCUCGUUGACGAGGCGCUAGACGACAGCAUCAACUGGGCCGAGGUCAAGGGGGCUGUGAUUGGGACUACGAAGCAUUAA